CGAAUUUUCGUGAUGUUUACCUGCCGAAUCUGUUUCGUAAUUUCGUUGUAGAUCUUUCUAAUGUUUAUGGGCGUUCGUGUGAAUAAUAAUCACUUGAUCUUGCUUACUUAAUUGAAAACUUUUGUUUUGCUAGUCGGAUCGGCGAACGAACAAUAUCUAUUGUGUAUGAUACCGCGUGUGAAGUGAUUCGCGCCGGUUUGUGGCCGCUUGUUUGAGAUAUGCGCCGUCAAAGAAAUAGUAUUGUUUUCUUUUUAACGACUGCAACUUUAUUAUUAGUGCAUGAAUGUAGUGCGAGCGUACCUUAUGACAUAAAACUUGAUGAAAAUGCUAAACGAAUUCAUCAAAUUGACUGUUUAAAUAUAUUAGUUUAUGUAAUUUUACUUAUUCUUACUGUAUGCACUAUAUGGUUUUUUAAAAGGCGCCGUGCAAGAUUUUUGCACGAAACUGGCCUUGCAAUAAUUUAUGGAUUGAUUGUUGGUGCCAUUAUCAGGUAUGGUGGUCAAGAUUACGAAGUUAAUCACAUCUACACAACACCUGCUAGGGGUUAUGGGCAUAACUUAACCAUGCCCCCAGAUAAUAUAUUUUUUCAAAUGGCUGUAGUAAGGCAAACAGCUACUCAAGAUGUGAAGAAUAAGACUUAUGCUUACUCUUUCAGAGGUGAAAUCACAGAUGUCGAAAAUAAAAAAUUGGAUCAAAAGGCAACUUUUGAUCCAGAAAUAUUUUUUAAUAUAAUUCUACCUCCGAUCAUAUUUAAUGCAGGAUAUAGUUUAAAACGUAAAUUUUUCUUCAGAAAUUUGGGCACUAUUUUUACUUAUGCCUUUUUAGGCACUACAAUAUCCUGUUUUAUGGUUGGGGGAAUAAUGUUUGCAUUUCUUCAAUUGAUGCCUAGCAUUACAUUUUCAUUCAAUGAGUGUCUGUACUUUGGGGCAAUGAUUUCUGCAACUGACCCUGUGACAGUUUUAGCUAUUUUCCAUGACCUUCAUGUUGAUGUUAAUCUAUAUGCUUUGGUUUUCGGGGAAAGUAUUCUGAAUGAUGCUAUAGCUAUAGUUUUGGCUGGAUCAAUCAACAACUAUGCUGAAAUGUAUGGAAAGGGAGAUGAUAGUUUCCAAUCUUCAGCCGCAUUUAAAUCUGUAGGAAAUUUUGUGUACAUUUUCAUCUGCUCAUUUUUAAUUGGUUCUGGCACUGGAUGUCUCACCGCUGCUUUGACAAAAUUUACUCGCAUUUGUGACUUUCCUUUGCUGGAAUCCAGUUUGUUUGUUUUAAUGUCCUACAGUACAUUUCUUAUGGCAGAAGCUGCUGAUUUAACAGGCAUUGUGGCUGUUCUCUUUUGUGGUAUUUGUCAAGCUCACUACACAUACAAUAAUUUAACUGUAGAAUCUAGAUCAAGAACUAAACAACUUUUUGAACUUCUGAGUUUUGUAGCAGAGAAUUUUAUAUUUGGCUACAUUGGAGUGUCUAUGUUUACCUACCAAAAGCAUUAUUGGCAUUGGGGAUUCAUCAUUACAGCUUUUAUUGCAAUUGCAGUUGGAAGAGCUUUAAAUAUUUAUCCUCUUUCUUUCCUUCUUAAUUUGGGACGACACAAUAAAAUCCCUUUGAGUUUUCAACAUGUUCUCUUCUUCUCUGGUUUAAGAGGAGCAAUGGCCUUUGCUCUGGCCAUUCGUAAUACAAUGUCAGAAUCGAGACAUCUGAUGCUAACUGCUACAUCAAUUAUAGCUAUUGUUACUGUUAUAUUUUGUGGUGGAUUAGCCACACAACUAUUAGCCUGGUUGGGUAUCCCGGUUGGUGUGGAAGAAGAUCAUGAAAUGCUUCAAUUUGGAAGUCUUAGAACAACUUCUCAAGUAACGACACCAACUGAUUUGAGAAGUCCACCUGCUGCUCAAGUUCUGAAGACUCCUUAUGAAAAAGCAUGGCUUGUUAAGAAGUGGUACAAUUUUGAUCUACGAUAUAUGAAGCCUCUUCUAACUCAUAGUAGACCUACUCUUAUUGAAACUCUACCUUCUUUUUGUCACUCUAUUGCAAGAGUACUCACAAGCACUCAGCAGCUCUCCAAUGACGAGACACCGAAGGGAGAAGAUGAAGAUUCAGAUGCAGAUCUGUGCAUGGAAGAAAACCUUCCUUAUAGUGAUCGCUCAAACGGCCAUCCAGGUAUAUCUACGUUGACUAUUAGUGUAACACAUGCAGCAAAGGAUAUUAAAACGGGGCAUCCACAAUAGAGGGUGAACUUGGAAUCGCUGGACGACUGUCGGAGUUUCCGAAUUCUCGAGUUCGUAUUCCUGGGCUGUCAGGCGAAUUUGUUUGAGUGAUGUGCUUAUUUAUUGUACUUUCUGCAUGAGCAAUGUCAAUUUAUAUGUGUUGCAAUAGAACAGGCACAAACUGUGCACAGAAUAUGUUUGAGCAAUCAUUAGAUUUAUUAUUUAAAAGCCUAUUGUAUAUUUUUGAUAUGAUAUUUGUUGUCCUUCAUCUUCACUGUAUAAAAAGUUUUUUCUCUUUUUCACUUUAAUAGCUUUUUUGUGUAAUGUUUUGUAAUAUAUGUAUGUUCAAUCCCCUAUUGUCUGUCUUUACUUGUAAUUUGCCUAUCCAGAUGUGGUUUUCUAGUAGUUAAAAAAAAAUUCCUUUUAUUUGGUUAAUAAUUUUAUUUUGUUCCUAUAAAAAAGUUUGCAAUAGUUGCUCUGUUUCAGUGUAUCCUAAAUGAAAAAUUUUCAUUUUAAUUAACAGUUACUAGCGUUAUUUUUAAAUUAAUGAAAUUAUUAAGCAAAUCGGAAGUGAAUUGAUUGUGGGAGUCAUUUUU